UGAAAACAAGAUCUUGUGCCAAGCUCAUUCAGCUGUCCUAGAGAAUUCGACUUAGAGCGCUCUCUCCCCAGGACGAAAACAAGUUCUUGCGUAAAGGCCUUUACAUUUCAAUUCUAAGAAUUGUUUACGUCAUUAAUUUACAAGCCGCCACAUUCUCGAAGGUGACCACGCGCGCGGUUCAAUGCCGACAAGCGCGAAAUGAAAUGGUGGGUUUUUGUAAUAUGUACGAUCACAACGAACUUCCUGUCCGUUUUCUCGAAGACUCAUGAAGUCGAAUGGAGUACUGAAUUCUUCCAAAGGUCAAAAAACGAAAAGGUGUUGCUUGCUGUACAAGAAGACACGCUAAAGUUAAAAUGCCCAAAACGCUAUCAUCGCGGAGGCUUUACUCUGGAGAUAUGGCCUGUUAACUUCCAAGGGUUCAAGUCGUGCUCGAGGUCCUGCGAGGAAUACGCGCGCGUGCUAGAGUGUACCAACUCAGGCGAUUUGGCCCCAGAGAGUAUAAUACACCUCGUGGAUGGGUACUCUACUGGAUCUAUCUAUUACUUUAUCGCGAGUUACUCAUAUGGCGCGGCGAACACCUCGCAAGAGGGUGUGCCCACCACGUGUCAUCGCGACAGCAUGAGGCUUGCCGUACUGGUGUGCAGCUUAUCUCGGACUUGUGACGAAUGCUCGAUGCCGCUUGGACUAGAGGACAUGCGCAUCAAGGACUCACAAAUGACGUCAUCUGUGAAUGGUGUGGAUAGUAGGCAUAAACCGCUGUACGCAAGACUGCAGACCUCUAACAAAUGUCCAUCCCUCCUAACGUCCUGGUGUAUUGAACCUGCUAAGGAAGAGUUUCUUCAGGUGGAUUUGGGAGCUCUUCACCUUUUGUCAGCGGUCGCGACCCAGGGCUCGCCCCAUUCUCCUAGAUGGGUAACUCAGUAUUACGUGACCUUCAGCUACGAUAAAGAGAACUGGUUCGAGUACAAAGUGAAGGAUAAAUUAAAGGUAUUCACAGGAAACAGUGAUCAAAUGACAGUCGUAAGGAGGUGGUUUCAGCCUCGUUUUCAUGCUCGAUAUCUGCGUAUCCACCCAAGGGCCUGGAACCAAGGGAUCUGUCUACGUGCCGAGUUGUACGGCUGCGCAGCUGAGAGACUGGAACCAACCAUCGCUGAACAUGCGCUCUUCGGCCAAACAAAAGAGGUAUCCCUCGCAACGAAACAGGACGGACCCGUACUCUGUGGUUCACAAAAAUGCCCGCCAUACGCAAAAUGCAAGGUCGGCAGUAAAGCAGUGGGGUGCUCAUGCGCAAUGGAAUGCCCUGAGGGAGUACCAGUCUGUGCGGAUGAUGGUCUCAUUUACGGGAACUUGUGUAAGAUGCGACAAAGCGCCUGCGAGUUAAACAAGAUCAUCCGACCAGCGGAAAGUGACAAAACGUGUGGCGGAGCUGCGCAUGCGCCUGAACCCCCAUCAGCCCUCGACUUCCAGUUGCGCCUGGUAGCUGUGUUACUAAUGGCCGUGGGAAGCCUGGGAAUAAUUACUUUCGUUGCGAUUGUAUGGAGCUGGCGUGACAAGAGCUCCAAGAGACCACAUGUACUAAAUGACGUGGAGGGAAGUCCUCUUCUAGACGAGCAAACAAGUACACACGGACAAACUGACUAGUCAUGUCUUUAUUAUUACCAUACGUCAUGCACUUCUCCUGUUUCUAUGGUUCUAUGUUAUCAGAAAUAAAAAUCAACACAAUAA